CGGCUCCAGCGCCUGUCCGCACGCGUCGCGCAGCGCGGAGCGCGCCAUGGCCUGUCGGGUGACCGCCCUGCUCCUGCCGCUGGCCCUGCUGCUCCAUGCAGCCGCGGCCGGCGGGCCAAGACCGUUCCGCAUGUCGCCGCCGAUGGUGGUCGCACAGCUGGGCAAGAAGGUGGAGCUGCAGUGCGAGGUGCUGCUGUCCAGCGCGGCGCCGGGCUGUUCCUGGCUCUACCAGAAGAAUGAACCUGCCGCCCGCCCCGUCUUCCUCAUGUACCUCUCCCAAAUCCGGUCCAAGUUGGCGGAAGGGCUGGACUCCAAACAGAUCUCGGGCACGAAGACGCAUGACACCCUCUACAGCCUCACCCUGCAGCGCUUCCGCAAGGAGGACGAAGGCUACUAUUUCUGCUCUGUCCUGAGCAACUCCAUGCUGUACUUCAGCCCCUUCGUGCCGGUCUUCCUGCCAGUCAAGCCCACCCCUACGCCGGCGCCGCGACUACCCACGCGGGCGCCCACCAACGCGUCGCAGCCCGUUUCUCUGCGCCCGGAGAUCUGCCGGCCUGCGGCGGGCAGCGCAGUGGAAAAAAGUGGGCUGGACUUCGCCUGUGAAAUUUACAUCUGGGCACCUCUGGCCGGGACCUGCGCCGUCCUUCUCCUGUCACUGGUCAUCACCGUCAUCUGCAACCACAGGAACCGAAGACGGGUCUGCAAAUGUCCCAGGCCCAUGGUCAGACUGGGAGGCAAGCCCAGCCCUUCAGAGAAAUACAUCUAACGUGGAGAUGGGCCCUGUAUGACAGCCACUACAAGACCAAACAGAACUC